AUAUUUUCGCAGGACACCAAAGCUAAAAAGUAAACAAACAUUUGCGACCAUAUUAUGGCAAACCUUUCAUUAAUUUUACGUUAUCCAGCGGUUCUAUUUAUUUAUUUGUGCAAUUGAACCAGAAUGCGUGCAAAAUCAUUGACUAGAAGUGUAUUGAACAUUAACCACUGCAAAGACAACAUUUAACAGUGAAACAUAUCAAAAGAGAUAACAUCCCAUUGAAAAAACAUCACCAUCUAAACAUGACAACAUUAGAAAACCUCAGUUUGAAUCAUAUAGGAUUGAAUGCCGCAAACACCAGUCAGAAUGGAACGUCAGGGGGAAACAACUCACCCUCGUUUGACAAUCUGUACACAGUUAUUCUGCAAUGCUUUGCCAUAAUCCUGGCAGGGUACAUCGCAGGCCGGGCCAAACUCAUUACUAGCUCCCAGGGCAAAGGUAUUGGAACAUUUGUGGGGCAGUUCUGUCUACCGGCCCUCUUAUUUCGCAGCAUGGUCGUGCUAAACUUCAGUCAAGUGAACUGGUAUUUUCUGCUGGGCAUACUGAUUUCAAAGACGAUCGUGUUUGUGGCUGUGGCCGGUUUGACCCUGCUGCUCAAGCGCCCUCUUCACCUAGGAUUUGCGGGACUCUUUGCAAUAUUUGCCACUCAGAGCAACGACUUUGCCCUUGGGUAUCCUAUUUUGAAGGCCCUGUACUGGGAAAGUCACCCUGAAUACCUGCAGUACAUCUAUCUGGUGGCUCCCAUCUCCCUUGUGCUGCUUAACCCUAUUGGGUUCACCAUGCUGGAAAUUCACAGACGCAGUGAGGAUACAGGACACCGGUCAGGCAGGUGUAGACUGGUACUGUACGUUCUACGGGACGUUCUCUCCAACCCUAUAGUGUUCAUGGUGCUGAUAGGAAUAGCCGGAAACUUUGUGUUACACCAGAAGGUGCCGAAUAUGCUGGAUAAUAUACUGGAGGUGCUCGGAAAUGCAUUUAGUGCCUCUGCGCUGUUUUACCUUGGACUAAGUCUUGUUGGUAAAGUUCAAGGUCAGAUGGGCGUGGGCCUGAUUGUUCCCUUCCUGCUCAUUAUGGCAAAGACGCUGCUGCUGCCACUGAUUACGUGGCAGGUGGUUGGAGCCCUCGAGAUGCAUCAGCCACUGAACGACUCUCGCUCCCUGAGCAUGUAUGCCUUCCUGUAUGGCACCUUCCCCACUGCACCCUCUGUGUUCCUCUACUCCAGCCACUUCUCCAUUGCACAAGACAUUGUUGCGACAGGGAUGGUUGUGUGCACGUUCCUGUCAGCGCCGCUCAUGUUUGCGUCGGCCAAGAUGAUGACAGUAGUCGUCGAGAGUGAGAUGGACUACAAGUCUAUGCUACUGAACACCUCAUUUGACCUCAGUGUUAUCUCCCUUGUCUGUAAUGCUUGGAUCCUACUUGUGCUGUUUUUCAGUGGGAAACACAAAAAGAUGCCACACCAAUUCCUCAUUGCUCUCGUCCUGGCUCAUAGCCUGGCCAGUAUAGGUAUGAUAGUCUAUGAUGGGGUGGACUCAUAUGUGGAAUGGAAGCACUACCUUCAGUUUGUGAUCUUGUUACUUGGCGUGUUCUCCACCAGAUGUUUUGCGGCCGUCAUCUCGAUGGUGUUGUACAUGCUACAUUGCAAGAGCCUGUGUUUUGUGCUCAUAUUUAGAAUCUGGCUGUUCAUCUUUGCCAUUGGGUUUCCGAUGCUUGGCACAGGGUUGCUGUUACUCCUAGGUGACCAUCACAUGAACAAUGAGAUUGACCCCUCGUUUCACUAUGGAUCAAACCAGGCCCUGCUGUCAUUGAUAGUUCUGUCAGUGUGCUCGCUGAUCAACAUCACAUUCCUAGUGCUGAGGCAGCGUAAUUCCCGACACCAGCCCGACCCCCGACCCUUGAAGAAGAGGACGGAGAGUUCCUACACUGUUAUAAGUGAGGCUGAUGAUUCCUAUGAACGAUUAUUGCCAGAUGGCGAAGAGGAAGAAAGCUCCCAGAGGCAAAGAUCGUCCAGCAAAAGCAAGCUUCUGAGUGGCACUGAGUGUCAAGGAGAGAACAGCAAGUAUCAGUCGCUGUCGUGUGGUGACUGCACAGAGGAUUGCGGGGUCACCUUAUUGAAUCAACAAGUCACUCCACGCACCAGCAGUAUUGAGGACAUUGUUCCCUUUCCUGAGGACAUGCAGAGGUCUGUUGUUACACAGGGCAGGGCUGUAAAGCACACCACCAGAUCAGCAGCAGAAAAGUCACACCAGCACCAUGACAACAACAAGUGUGAUCACCAAGGCAACGGUGACGCAGGCUGGGCAGGGAGCCACGCGAGCUCCCAGAGCGAGGACUCGCUCACGGACACAAUACAGAAGUACGAGUGCCACAGCGGCAAGUGUAGCUACCAGCAGCGACAGCAGUGUGCAGGACUUCUCCGCUGUUAUCAUGCAUCUUCACAUGUCAUCCAGGUGCCUGACACUGAAAAUGAAGGUAAAGCUACAGAGGUCAAGUUCAAGAAAACACCAGAAGUGACAGACGAGUUUCAAACAGACAAGUUUGUCAUCACCCUCAUAGCCAUGCAGAUCUCCAUGUUUGUGGGUCUGUUCCUGUGCACGUGGAGACUGUUCAACGAUGCCAAGUCAGGGAUAUAUGUGGAGAUUGAGUUCCUCGAUGGCUUCUUAAAUUUUGGACAGAGCCUGAUAUUCUUUGCCGUGUUUGGCUUUGACACCAAACUGAUGAUACUGCCAUGCUUGAGGAAAUAUAGUAUAUGCCUGAGUUGUAUAAAUAAAAGACUGCGUAAGUGUCUGUACGGCGUGGAGGUGGUUCACCUGCCGGCCAAGUCUGAAAUCACACCCGAGGACCUGCACCUCUGUGAGCAGUUUGAGAAGUACCACAGGGAGCACUGCGAGAAGAGCAUCGUACGCAAUAUGAAGUACCGUUUCCGCACAUAUGACGCCGUGUUCUGUGGCAGCGCGCUCUGUAACUGGCUGAUCAAGGUCGGGCUGUGUCAAGGUCGCAGCGAGGCGAUCAGCUACGGGAGGACACUUGUACGCGGGAGGGUCAUAUGUCAUGUGACCUCAGAGCACGACUUUCACGACAUGCCCUACUUCUACAGAUUCUGUGACGAAAACGAAGAACUUGAGUAAAUUUUACGCGAUUUAGAAAAAGAAUCAUUGUAACAUGUAUUUCCAAUGAUGUUUUUUUAUGUCCCCCACUAUAGUAGUGGGGGACAUAUUGUUUUUGCCCUGUCUGUUGGUUGGUCUGUUGGUUGGUCUGUUGGUUGGUCUGUUGGUUGGUUGGUUUGCGCCAACUUUAACAUUUUGCAAUAACUUUUGCUAUAUUGAAUAUAGCAACUUGAUAUUUGGCAUGCAUGUGUAUCUCAUGGAGCUGCACAUUUUGAGUGGUGAAAGGUCAAGGUCAUCCUUCAAGGUCAGAGGUCAAAUAUAUGUGGCCAAAAUCGCUUAUUUUAUGAAUACUUUUGCAAUAUUGAAGAUAACAACUUGAUAUUUGGCAUGCAUGUGUAUCUCAUGGAGCUGCACAUUUUGAGUGGUGAAAGGUCAAGGUCAAGGUCAUCCUUCAAGGUCAGAGCUCAAAUAUAUGUGGCCCAAAUCGCUUAUUUUAUGAAUACUUUUGCAAUAUUGAAGAUAGCAACUUGAUAUUUGGCAUGCAUGUGUAACUUAUGGAGCUGCACAUUUUGAGUGGUGAAAGGUCAAGGUCAAGGUCAUCCUUCAAGGUCAGAGGUCAAAUAUAUGUGGCCAAAAUCGCUCAUUUUAUGAAUACUUUUGCAAUAUUGAAGAUAGCAACUUGAUAUUUGGCAUGCAUGUGUAUCUCAUGGAGCUGCACAUUUUGAGUGGUGAAAGGUCAAGGUCAAGGUCAUCCUUCUAGGUCAAAUAUAUGGGUCAAAAUUGCUCAUGUUAUGUAACUUCUGCAAUAUUGAAGCUAGCAAUUUUAAAUUUGACAUGCAUGUGUAUCUCAUGGAGCUGCACAUUUUGAGUGGUGAAGGGUCAAGGUCAAGGUCAUCCUUCAAGGUCAAACGUCAUAUAGGGGGACAUUGUGUUUCACAAACACAUCUUGUUAUAUAUUAUAAAUUAUUUAAAUAUUUUUUUGCUUCACCUAGCUGCGUGAUGGACAUUGCAGAAAGAAUAUGAGCCCUUUAUGAGCUUCAAAUGAGCAUGCAAUUGGUCAGGUCAUGUUAAGAAAGUUUUAGUCACCCUUGUGUAAGGACACGCCUAUAAUCUCGAAAAAGGUAUACAAAGGUGUUGGUUUUUGUGAUUGUUGCUUAAGAAACUAGUAGCCUUUGCAUAAAAAAACAUAUAAUUGUUCUGUUGCUAACAGCGAUUUUCAUUCAAACACAGAAGUUUGAUGAGCUCACGAUUUUUCUGAAAACUUCAGUCCAAAAUUAAAUGUUCUGGAGCUUUUCCCAUUGAAGCUUAUGCUUCAGGCAUGUGCUUCCAUCAUUUUACAAAAACUAAUUGGCAUGUUUAACAUAAACUGAGCUGUUGGAAAUUGUUCAUCAGGUUGACUUGUUUUAUGCAACAGCGCUGUAAUUGGUUAUUUCUUGAAGAGUGAUAAUGUAUUACAUGUAUUGUUAGUAAAAGAUUAAUUGUUGUGUUUUUUUCUAUUGAAACAAAAGGAUAAUUGUGUGCAAUUCUUUUUUUUUUCUGUUGGUAUUGAUAUUUGCUUUUGUUAUGCUCAUUGUGUUUUAAUUUGUUGUGUUGUCGAUUCUGUUAGCAUACUGUUUAGUGUGAUAUUAAAACAAUACUAGUUAUGAUGACCUGUUUUUAAAAAUAGCAUAUGUAUUGAUGUGUAUAUUAUGAAGAUUUAUAAUGUAUAAAUACUUUUGUUUGAGUGCAUUUAUAUUUAGUAGAUAUUUCAAAUAGCUUAAUAUAAUGUAUAUGAUAAAUUUAAUUUCAUGUAUAUAGAAUUGAUAUUUAUGCCCCCCUUCGAAGAAGAGGGGGUAUAUUUUUCAUUUCAUCUUUCGAUAAAUUAUUCUAUAGAUACAGCAUGUAUCUUGUUGUUAUUGUUUUGUUGCUCAUCUUCAAUGUUGCUGGUCGCAUUUUUAUAACUGUUUUGUCAGAAGUUGUUAUUUUUUCUCUUAAGUCCAACUUGUUAGCAGAGUGCUUUUGAGCUGAAUUGAUGUUGAAAGUUGCAAAACUUUUUAUCGUGAGACAUUUUAACAGCAUUUGAACAACAUUUAAUCAACUUUCUAUUUUAACAUGAAGUUAUUAAUAUUAUUGUGCCCUUGACUGCUUGUCUUUGGUUUUAUGUGAAAAUGUUAUGGUACCGGUAUACAAUCUUAUAAUAAAGUUAGAGUUAUACUGGAUUCAGAAAGGGGUUGCUAAUCUCUAUUAUAUGUGAUUGUUUUGAUCAUACUGUAAUAAUUAUUGUUUUACUCAUAGUAUACUCAUAUUAAUGCUUACAAAAGUGUAACUGUUAUUUAACUGUUUGACACCCUUGUGAUGAAAGUGUUAUCAAACACUUUUACAAUGAUUUGCCACAGGUACUCAAUAUGAUGGAGUUGGGGUGACAGGGUGUAUGGCUUGAGCCCUGUUGCCAUAGCUCAGAGGUCAAUGUCAUUAUUAUAGGUUAAAGGUCACAAAUGGGCAUAAUACCAUUUGUCUAGACUGUAACAUUAAUUAAAUACAAAUGAUGAAAGAAAAACUUGUGUAUUACAAGAUUGGUUCUUGGCAAAAUGCCACGUGUCUAUGUGCAAAUAUGUGUCCUUCUGUGUCUGUUACAGAUCUGGUUAUACCUGUAUAUAUGAAUAUAUAUGUAGUGAUAUUAUGUUUGAGAAUGAACAUCGUUUGUGUUUUUCUAGUUAUUGCUUUUGAUUGUAUAGAUGUUUUUGUUGAUCUUCUGAAUGCAGCAUAAAGAUAUGGUUAACUAUUAGUCAAUGUGUGGUUUGAAAACUCAUUUAAGAUUAUUAUAAGUAGGAAUUUAGAUAGCUAAUGCACAUUUUAUGGCCUUUGUUUUUGAAGAUAUUGAUUUAAAUAUGAUAUGUUGACUUAAAUGUCACUUGUUUUAAAGCAUAAACCGUUUUUGUAAAUAAUAAACCAUUAAGUUUUAAUUUUUAUGUUAUAAUUUAAUUAUAGUGUACACAUCUAAUGCUUGUUGUGUAAUGGUGAAAUGAGCUCCAUAUUUAUGAUAUUUAUUGUUUAAGGGUAAUUUGUUGCUCCAUUUAAGUAACAAAAAUCCUUUUGUUAUUGAUUUUUGUCUGUAGUUUGUCAUCUGUUGUGCGUUAUCAACAGUUACCCUGUGAACACUCCAGAGGCCAUAUUAAUUGCCCAAUCUGCAUGAAACUUGGUCAGAACAUUUUGCCCAAAGAUAUCUCUGCCAAGAUCAAAACUGGAUCAUGUGUGGUCAAAAACUAGGUCACCAGGUCAACUUAAAGAACAAAAAUUGUGAAUACUCAAAUCUUGCCAACUCAUCAUGAAUUUUGCUCAAAACAUUUGUCCAAAUAAUAUCUCAGCCAAACUCUAACAUUACAUGUAUCUGUUGAAAUCAUGGCCAUCAGGGGGUGGUGGGCAGUUUUCCUUAUAUGGCUACAAUAAAACCUUGUGAACACUCAAGAGAUAAAUUUAUCGCCCAACUUUCUUGAAAUUGGUCUAUAAUAUAUCUUUCCUGACUUCAAAACUGGGUCAAAUGGUAUCAUAAAAUAGUUCACUAGGUCAAAUUAAAUAAAAGGCCUUGAGGUGACAUUAAUACCCCAAUUAUCUUUAAAAUUGGUUGGCACAUUUUUUUUCUCCAAAAUAUUUUGAUCAAGUUGGGAACUGGGUCACUUUGGGUAGAACACGAGAUCACUAGGUUAAAUGAAUGAAAACACUUGUUAACACUCUAGAUGCAAUUAGUGCCUAAUCUCCAUGAAACUUGGUCAGAAAAUUGGUUGGAAUGAUAUCUGGGUUGAGUUCAAAACUCAUUUACUUGAUAUAAAAAAAAACUAGGUUACUAGGUCAAAUAAAGUUAAAGCUUCUUAACCCUCUUAAGACAACAUGUUUAAACAGUCAUCAUGAAAUUUGGUCAGAAGAUUUGUUCUUAUGAAAUCUUGCCAGUUGUAAGGUAGUUAUUGUAAAGCAUAUAAAAGCAGUACAGAUGGUUUGGGUUUCAGAGGAGUGAUCCAGGGCCUUUGACCCUCUUGUUAGUUGUUGAUUUACCUUUAAAUGUGUACAAUUUGUAUUUCAGAGGUAUCAAAUACAGUUAAAAUGGUUGUCAUAAUUUGAUUGUCUGUUCUGUAAACGCUUAGAAUGUAAUCUAGGUGAUUUAACUAAUUACAAAUGUAAGAAAUUUGUUUCAUAAAAUAGCAUUAGAUUGUUAAAACAAACCUCUGCUGUUACAAUUCCUUUUGGUUUUGUAAGAAUCAUAAGUAUGUUUUAUUUAUAUCUGAAGGUCAUAACGUUGUCGUUUAGAUUUUUUGUCUCACUUGAUGAUUUAUAUAUUAAAUACUGUGUACCCUUAGAACAGCCAAUUAUUUUCAAAUGAUACCUUCUUGAAUAGCAUAAUUUAUUAAUGAAAUGUAUAAAUGCAAAAAUCAAAUAGUCUAAAAUCAUCUGAAAGCGCAUUUUACUAAUACUCAGAGGUGAUAAAUGUUAUGCUUUUUAAUAAUUAUCUUGCUUUUAUUAUGCUCCCCCAAAAUUUAUUUUGGGGAAAGCAUAUAGUUGCCCAUUCGUCUGUCUAUGUGUGCGUCUGUCUGUCUGUGCACAAUUUUUGUCCGGGCUAUUUCUCAGCAACUAAUGACCGGAAUUCAAUGAAACUUUAUGGGAAGCUUCACUACCAAGAGGAGAUGUGCAUAUUAUCAGCGGGUUCUGGUUGGAUGAUUUUUCACAGAGUUAUGGCCCUUUGAAAUUUUUGAAAAUUUCCAUUAACUGUUCAUAAAGUGCGAUUCUUGUCCGGGCUAUUUCUCAGCAACUAAUGACCGGAAUUCAAUGAAACUUUAUGGGAAGCUUCACUACCAAGAGGAGAUGUGCAUAUUAUCAGCGGGUUCUGGUCGGAUGAUUUUUCACAGAGUUAUGGCCCUUUGAAAUUUUCUAUAAUAAAAUUCUUGUCCCCCCAACUACUGUGCCCUCAAGACGUUUCCUUUUAUCUGAAUAUAUAGUGCAAUAUUGUGACAAAAAAAACCUUUGGGGAGCAUCACCCGUCUCCGACAGUUUCUUGCUUUUAACUUGGCUUGGCUUUCCACUGUACAUGUAUGCAUUGUUUUUUUGUUUUAUUUUGUGACCAAUUGCACUGCCAGGGCUUACAAUGCAUUGAAUGAUUUUGAUUUAGUAUGUUUAAAACUCAUCCAAUGUGUAUUUCUGUUAUACAGCAGUGGCUUGAUGAAGAAUAGUCUAUAAUUGUGCAUAAAUGUAUAGCUUAGAAUAGUCAAUAGUCACUUUAACAAGUAAAUAUGUUGUUAUACACCCGCAAAGAAAUUUUGACAUGGGGUAUAUAGGAGUCAUGUUGUGGGUUGGUUGGCUUCGUAGUUGGUAUGUCCCUCUCUCAACAUAAAAUGUUCUUAUUUUCUGGGGCAAAAACUACAUCCACAUUUCUGAACCCUUUACCACUAAGAUACUUAUUUUUAGGCAUUUCUAUUACUCAGAAAUAUAAAUUUAAUUAAAGACCUUUCUUACUAUAUUCAAGUUUUAAAGGCUUCAUUUCCUAUCAUAAAAUACUGAUGAGCAGCAAACUGCAUAAACCCUGAACAGACUGGUAGUUACCUGCAGGCUGUUAUGGUUUUAGGCUGUUUGCACAUAGUCAUUUUCAAUUUGCUUCUAGGUGGGAAAGGGUUUAGUGAUUGCAUUGGAACUUGAAAUGUGUCAUCACCAAUAGAUUAGAUAGUCAAUGUACAUGCGCAGUGAUCCACACUUUCUUGAGUAAUGUGGCCUUGAAUUGAAGCAUUUGUAUGCAUUAAAUGUUCUUAAUUUCUUGAGCAAACUUCUUCUACAGGUAUCAAGCUAUUAAAUUAAAAAUUGAAAUAUUGCAUCGUCUUGCUGCGUAGAUGUGAAAGACAUAAUUUUCCCUUGUUAUGGUACACAUGUUCCUUGCUGGUUAUGUACCCAAUUUUAUGGCCAAAUUACAAAAAAUAUAUAAGUUUGCAGGGGAAAAUACUAAAAAAUUCUCAAGGUAUUACCAGAAAAUUGAUACUAGAAAUAUCAUAACCAUCUGCAAGACGUUUUUUGCAUGCCAAGUGAUAGAUUUGUUUCAGUGAUAUGUGCCCUUGAAAAUAGCCCUGGAAGUGGCUGCUAUUACUGUGACAAAGCGGUAGGGGGGUAUUUUUUUUGUCACGUUUGUGAAAAAGCUCAAAUUGUACAGUUUUGUUAGCAUCUUUAUAUUCCCUAUAUAGAAGGCAUUAAGCAUUGCACUAUUGUCCAUCUCUCUUAGACUCUACAUUCAUCCUGUGUAUGCAUUCCUGCAUCGGUAUGAUCUAUUUCAGACUGUUACUUAAUCAUUUAGCAGACAAUUUUAAUAUAACUUGUUGCAUGUAAUCACAAUUUAAGAUUGUGCAUCAGAGAUGAUACCUGACUUUUUUUCCCCAAAAUGCUAACGCCACACCUGUCAAGACCAAAUAUUGGCAGGCCAGUAAUACUACUGUAUUGUGCCCACAUGAUUUAGAUGCUAUAAUUGUCAAAGAUAUAUAGUUUUCUCAACUCAAUGAUACACUUCUACAUUUGUAUGACACCACGUGUCUUUAGUAUCAAUUUAAUUUAAAAUCAUGUUAUUAUCUUUUCCAUUUUUUAAAGGUGCUACGGAGUAGCAUUAUGAACAUUUUGUGUGUUAUGUUUGGAUAUUGUAAUACAUGUACAGUGUUGUAAUUUUUUUCAUGCUCAAAAAUAAAACAACUAUCACUGUAGAGAA